UAUUUUCGUUGUAUUUAUUUACAAGAUUUACUUCUUGGAGCUCUACUUAUUGAUGUGCUUAAUCUGUGAUCUUACGUUGUCUAUUUAUUUCAUUUUUUACAUUCCUGCUUUAUACAUAUAAUCUCUUUAUAAACGUUUUAUAAAAAUGCUUUUUACACGUAAUGGAGACUGACAUACUGGUCAAAUGGACAAAAAAUGGUCGUCAUGUUUUACAAAAUGAGGAUCAACGACAAUAUCGAUCAGUAAAUGCUUGUGUAAGUGCGCUACAUUCAUCUGACAACACUGAAGCAAUUCACCGUAAGCUCACUCGUUCAGUUAGCAGUGAUGAUGAAAUGAUUGAUAUUACUGCUGGCGGAGAAAGCAUGGAUAACCUCUUUGAACAUACACAUGCAUCACAUAGGGAAUGUCUUCCAAAAUUUAAUGAAUUGAAUGAUCUGGAUGAGUCUAGUAGUGAGUCUGAUAAUGAGUUAACUAAACUUCAAGGUGGUUCUCAAGAAAUAGAUGAUUUGCCUCCUGGUAUUGGUCAAUAUGACGAUUUUCAUACCAUUGAUUGGCAGAGAGAUAUUGCAAGGGAUCGUAUGCGACAUCGAUACAUUGUGAAAAAGAGAGGGGAUUCCAUAUGUGAUUUGAUCCGUGGCUUUCAUGAUGCAUGGUCUGGAUGGCUUUGUGUUCUCUUGGCUGGACUGGCUGCAGGCGUUGUCUCAGCCAUAAUUGAUAUUGGUUGUAGUUGGAUGAAAGAUCUUAAAGAUGGCAUUUGUCCCCAAGCUUUCUGGUUAAAUCGGGAGCAGUGCUGCUGGUCCUCAAAUGACACCUUCUAUGAAGGUGACAAAUGUGCACAGUGGCAUACUUGGGCUGAAGAAUUCGGUUACUUAAGUAAAGAUGCAGGAUCAUAUAUUAUUGAAUACAUCAUGUAUAUUUUGUGGAGCCUGCUCUUUGCAUCACUUGCUGUAUUGUUAGUUAAAACAUUUGCACCGUACGCUUGUGGAUCUGGAAUACCAGAAAUCAAAACCAUUUUGAGUGGCUUUAUCAUUCGUGGCUACUUAGGAAAAUGGACUUUAACAAUUAAAUCUGUCUGUAUGAUGUUAGCUGUUGCUGCUGGUCUCAGUCUGGGCAAAGAAGGUCCAUUAGUACAUGUUGCUUGCUGUAUAGGAAAUAUUUUUUCAUACCUCUUUCCUAAGUAUGGGAAAAAUGAAGCCAAAAAAAGAGAGAUACUGUCUGCUGCAUCAGCUGCAGGUGUCUCUGUUGCAUUUGGUGCACCAAUUGGUGGAGUUUUGUUCAGUCUGGAAGAAGUUAGCUACUACUUUCCUCUGAAAACUUUGUGGCGGUCAUUUUUUUGUGCCCUUGUAGCAGCUUUUGUGUUACGGUCAAUCAAUCCGUUUGGGAAUGAUCAUUUAGUGAUGUUUUAUGUUGAAAAAACGAGGCCAUGGAUCUUCUUUGAACUUGUUCCAUUUGUGAUUUUAGGUAUUUUAGGGGGCAUUGUUGGUUCAAUAUUUAUUAAAGCAAAUAUAAAAUGGUGCAAGUAUCGGAAAGAAUCAAAACUUGGUCAAUAUCCCAUAUCAGAAGUUUUGCUAAUUACCCUCAUCAGUGCAGUUAUAAACUAUCCUAACCCAUACACUCGAAUGAAUACUAGUGACCUGAUCAAGUUGCUGUUUAGUCAGUGUGGCAUUGCUAAUGUUUCUCCUUUGUGUGACUAUAAUCGCAAUUUCACGAAGGUGAACAGUCCAGUUGAAAUGGCAGAAGCAAAUGCUGGUGUUUAUCAUUCUUUACUUCUGUUGAAUUUAUCUCUUAUUUUCAAGCUUGUUGUCACAGUCUUCACAUUUGGAAUUAAAGUUCCUGCAGGUCUCUUUAUACCAAGCAUGGCAAUGGGUGCAAUAAUGGGAAGAAUGGUUGGCAUUGGUAUGGAACAAAUAGCUAUGUCAUACAGUGAUUGGAAACUGUUUGAAAAAGCUUGUCCUGAAGGUGAAAGUUGCAUGUCUCCUGGACUGUAUGCUAUGGUUGGUGCUGCUGCAUGUUUAGCUGGUGUCACAAGAAUGACAGUCUCCUUGGUAGUCAUUAUGUUUGAGCUUACAGGAAGUGUUAAUUAUAUUGUACCACUUAUGGCUGCAGUAAUGGCUAGCAAAUGGGUUGGAGAUGCUCUUGGUAAAGAAGGAAUCUAUGAUGCUCACAUUCAUCUAAAUGGAUAUCCAUUUCUGGACAGCAAAGAGGAAUUUAGUCAUACUACUCUAGCUGCAGAUGUAAUGAGACCAAAGAGAAAUGAAGGUCCAUUGUGUGUGAUAACUCAAGAUAGCAUGACAGUGGACAAUAUUGGAACAAUCUUAAAUACAACUGAUCACAAUGGAUUUCCAGUUGUUGUAUCCACUGAAUCACAGUAUUUAGUGGGAUUUGUAUUGAGACGUGAUUUAAGUUUAGCAAUUGCAAAUGCCAAAAGGACUCAAGAAGGUGUUGCUGGAAAUUCAAAAGUUAUUUUCACAAGUCAUGUACCUACUCCUUACACAGGGCCAUCACCAGUAAAACUUCGGAAAAUCCUCGACUUGGCUCCCAUUACAAUUACCGAUCAGACACCUAUGGAAACAGUCAUUGACAUGUUUCGUAAACUUGGCUUGAGGCAAACAUUAGUUAUUCAUAAUGAGCGUCUUCUUGGAAUUAUUACUAAAAAAGAUGUGCUUAGACACAUUAAGCAACUGGCUAAUCAAGAUCCUGAAUCUGUGUUAUUCAACUAAAAUAUCCCCCCCCCCCAUGAACAUUCAUAUAAUUGUGUAAAUGUUUUUUUUUUUUUUUUAAAUCAUGUGUCAAGUUUUCAUUUUUUGAGUGCAAAAAAUGGAGAAAACCAAGAUUGGCUCCAAAUAAAGAACCAAAUAUUUGUUCAAAAAUAUGAACUAAUGUAAAAUACCAAAUAUUCUUUUUUAUUACUAAGUUAUUAUGAUUUUGUACAUAAGUCAUUAUGAUUUUGUACCUGCUCAAAUAUACCCUUAGAAAUAAUGAAAAAAGUACUUGACUCCUAUUUCAAAGACAGACUAGUCAUAUUUUAUGUGUGGGCAUAUAACUAUUAUGCUAUGGAAGCAAUGAAGUGUUAUAAUUAAUUACAGCAAUUUUUAUGAUUAGUUAGUUGCCCAAUGUUUCUAAUAAUUGCUAUAUCUGGUCGCCAUACUGCUGUUUAAAACACAUGUUUUGCAUUUGCAUAAUUUGUGAACUUGCAUAAUAAACAGCUUUGUUAUCUAA